AUGUCGAAUUACAGACAUCUGCUGAGGCGAAGUGGAUUAAUAUCAAAUCACCUCAAAAUUUCACGAAAACAAACGGUUCUGUCUCUCAAUACAAGGUACUAUUCGUCGGAAAAUUCUGGUCCCAGAUCAAGUCGUAUUGAUGGCCAACGGCUAAUGGGCCUGGCUAUGAGUCUACUGACUAUGUCUGCUGCUGUUUUUUAUGUUUAUCCUGGAAGGACAACUGAUAGUAAUAAAAUUAUUGAUUCUAAGCUGAAAGAUAAGAUCCAAAUCCAUGGCACUGCCCACAUGGCAGGGCCUGAUACAUCGAUAGAGGAAUGCACUGUAGAUACGGAGGAAAAGCUCAGGUCAGUAGCACAGAAUUACCAAGAUGUGCCUCUAACUAUACUAGAGGCAGUUAAUUCCAUGGAAAGUGAUUUGGCUCCAAUUCCUACAGAUAUUGGAGAAGUUUCAGCUAUUGAUGAUACAAUUGUUACAAAUCACGACAUAUUAAAUGAAAUAGAAUCUGCAUACAAGAUCCAGCCAUUGGAUGGUGAUACUUUGGGUUCAGUAAAUGAGACGUUGGAUCCUGAUCCAAAUCAUGGUAUAUCAGGAAUAAAGGGGGAAAUUCAAGUGCAUUCAGACUCUGUGGAUAGUAUUCCUACAGAUCGAGAGGCAGAAACCUCAACUGAUUUUAGUAAUAAUGACCCUCAUCCUACUUCCACAACGAAAGAUUCAGAAACUCCUAUAAUAAAAGACCGUGCAAUUGAAAAAUCAAAGGAGACCAUCGAUAACGGGACGAAAACAGUGAAAAAACUUAUGGAAAAGCAUGAAAUAUCUUAUGACGAUCUUGUUAUACCUGGUGAUUUGAGUAUUUUAAGUCCUCGUGAGUCGAUUAUGUCGGAUAUGAGCACAGUUGAAACUAGGUUACAAGACAUUCCAAAGUAUAAUUCAAGUUUAGAUUCUGCUAUCAACGUUAGUCAUAAUGCUAACGAAAAAGAAGAAGCUACAUUGCUUCAUGGUUCAGAGGAUAAUGUGUCCUUACCGGUGAAAGAGGAAACUAUAUCAAUUGGUAUUCCCACCACAAAGGAGAAGGUCAAUGGGUUGAAGGCAAACUUAGAACUUGAAAGAAACCCAAAGACAAAAAGUAAUGAGUUCACCACAGAGCCAAGUGAAUCGUCGUCAUUGCAGGAUAUUACAGGGCAACACUCUACAAGCUUAAUAGAGCCUGAUCUCAGUUCUAAGACGGAAUUGGUUCCCAAGAAGUUAAAUGGGAAUGCUGAUGCUGCGGUUCGGGAAGAUACUAAAAAAACAUCUUCUAUUAAUGACUCUGCCCUUGCACCGAUUGCAGUUGGAUCAGAUUCUACUAUCAAGGAACGUAAUGUGAAAGAGACCAAAUCUGAUACUUCAGAUAAUCAACAAGCUCCAGAUGCUGAUGAGAACGUCGAGGCCUUUUUAGCAGGACGUGUCGAUAUGGCGAUUAAAGAUGAGGAAGCAAGUAAAGAAGAUGCUUAUAAUCCAGAUACGGGAGAAAUCAAUUGGGAUUGCCCCUGUUUAGGUGGAAUGUCGCAUGGUCCAUGUGGAGAAGAAUUCAAGAUAGCUUUUUCCUGCUUUGUUUAUUCAGAAAAGGAUCCUAAGGGCAUUGAUUGUAUUGAAAGAUUCCAGAAUAUGCAAAACUGUUUCAAAAAAUAUCCUGAAUAUUACGCUGAACAGCUAGAAAGCAAGCUUGAAGUUGCAAAAUAA